UCAGGCUCCCGGCGACGACUACGACGACCAGGAGAGCGGACGGAGGCGGCGCCUGAAGCAGCGGCGGAGCCCAUGCCCCGGGACGGCGGGCGGGCCCGGAGAGACAAGUCCGGGGCCCGGGGCAUGUCCCCGGGGCCCCCGUGAGGAGGCGGCGGCGGCGGCGAUGGAGAUCCCGCCGCAGGAGGCGCCGCCCGGGCCGGGCGCCGACGGAGACGCCGAGGAGGCCCUCGCUGAGGCCCGGUCUCCCAGCCCCACAUCGCCCCCGGCCGAUGGGCGCCUCAAGGCCGCGGCCAAGCGUGUCACGUUCCCUUCCGACGAGGAUAUCGUGUCCGGAGCGGUGGAGCCCAAAGACCCCUGGAGACACGCCCAGAAUGUGACCGUGGACGAGGUCAUCAGCGCCUACAAGCAGGCCUGCCAGAAGCUGAACUGCAGACAGAUCCCCAAGCUCCUCAGGCAGCUCCAGGAGUUCACGGACCUCGGCCACCGCAUUGACUGCCUGGACUUGAAAGGUGAAAAGCUCGACUACAGGGCCUGCGAGGCCCUGGAAGAAGUCUUCAAGAGGCUACAGUUCAAGGUCGUAGAUCUGGAGCAGACGAACCUGGAUGAAGAUGGCGCCUCAGCUCUCUUUGACAUGAUUGAGUACUACGAGUCGGCCACCCACCUCAACAUCUCCUUCAACAAGCACAUCGGCACACGGGGCUGGCAGGCUGCCGCCCACAUGAUGCGCAAGACCAGCUGCCUGCAGUACCUGGACGCCCGCAACACGCCCCUGCUGGACCACUCGGCACCGUUCGUGGCCCGCGCCCUACGGAUCCGCAGCAGCCUGGCAGUGCUGCACCUGGAGAACGCCAGCCUGUCAGGGCGGCCCCUCAUGCUGCUCGCCACGGCCCUGAAGAUGAACAUGAACCUGCGGGAGCUGUACUUGGCCGACAACAAGCUCAAUGGCCUGCAGGACUCGGCCCAGUUGGGCAACCUGCUCAAAUUCAACUGCUCCCUGCAGAUUCUGGAUCUCCGUAACAACCACGUGCUGGACUCAGGUCUGGCUUACAUCUGCGAGGGCCUCAAGGAGCAGAGGAAGGGGCUGGCGACCCUGGUGCUGUGGAACAACCAGCUCACACACACGGGCAUGGCUUUCCUGGGCAUGACGCUGCCUCACACACAGAGCCUGGAGACGCUGAACCUGGGCCACAACCCCAUUGGGAACGAGGGUGUCCGCAACCUCAAAAACGGCCUCAUCGGCAACCGCAGCGUGCUACGCCUCGGCCUGGCCUCCACCAAGCUCACGUGCGAGGGCGCGGUGGCCGUGGCGGAGUUCAUCGCCGAGAGCCCCCGCCUCCUGAGACUGGACCUUCGGGAGAACGAGAUCAAGACGGGCGGGCUCAUGGCGCUGUCCUUGGCCCUCAAGGUGAACCACUCCUUGCUGCGCCUGGACCUCGACCGCGAGCCCAAGAAGGAGGCGGUGAAGAGCUUCAUCGAGACGCAGAAGGCACUGCUCGCAGAGAUCCAGAAUGGCUGCAAGCGCAACUUCGUGCUAGCGCGAGAGCGGGAGGAGAAGGAACAGCGGCUGCAGCUGUCGGCCUCCAUGCCCGAGAUUACGGUCACCGAGCCCCAGCCCGAUGAGGAGCCGGGGGACGAGCCCGGGGAUGAGCCCACCACUGAGGCGCAGGAGAACGGGGCCCCAGGCCCUGGGCCUGGCCUGGACUCAGACUCAGACUCAGACUCCGAGGGGGAGGAGGGGGAGGAGGGGGGUGAGGAGCGGGCUGUGGUCCCCUGCCCCGCCCAGGUGCCCCCCACGGACUCCCUGGGCCCUGGGGACAGGAGCCCCCCAGGGAGCCCCUCCUCCCCCACUGAGCAGCGUAUUUCUGUGUCCAGCCCGGGCCGGGGCCACAAAGUAUUUGUGGUGACUCGUGUGGAGAGCCCACCUGAGAAAGCAGAGCCCCCCGUGCCCCCCGUCCUUUGUCCUCCCUCCCCUCCUGCCUUACCCUCCCCACCCACCUCAUCUACCCUACCGCCAGCUGAGGCCAUCAGCACUUGGGACCCAGGGUCGUCUGAGCCUCAGCCACAGCUGCCUCAGUCAGGGCCACCACUGCCCAACGGCCUGAAGCCCGAGUUUGCUCUCGCACUGCCCCCAGAGCCGCCCCCGGGGCCCGAGGCCAAGGCAGGCAGCUGUGGCCUGGAACAUGAAAUGAGCUGCUCCAAGAACGAGAAGGAGCUCGAGGAGCUGCUUCUGGAAGCCAGUCAGGAUUCUGGGCAGGAGACACUGUGACACUUUAGUUCCUUUUUUCCGGUCAGUCUUCGAUGAGCUGAGGCCAGAGCCAUGAGAAUCUAGAAUCUGCUCACUCUCACCCCCAGCCCCCGAGGCCCGGGACACCAGGGGUGUGGGGG